AUGGAGUGUAAGAACUGCGAGCUGAGACAACGUCAGUACUAUUGCGCCAACUGUCUCAGAAACCAUCUACGCGAUUUUCGCCUUCAAACUCACCAUUUUUCCUCGGACAGAGAUGAGCAUGUUGCUCGUGCAUCUCGUGCACUCAAGUCUAUCGAAUCGGGUCGCCUCCUUCGUUCAGACAUUGCACGAGCAGACCGCAGCCUCGAUCAAUUAACAGAUGGUCUUGCCAAAGUGAGAAGAGACUGUGAGAGCAAGCGCGACCGCCUUCGUACCCUCCGAGAGUCCCUUGCUCAGCGCAGACGCACACUUAACGCCGCACGCCUCCUCCCACCCCAAUCACAAACGCUCACCAAGGAGUCUCAGGAACUUUCUGUGCUGAGUCAAACUAUUGCUAGAGCACGCUCAGGCCUUGUCCAAGAACUAGUGGAGGUCUUUCACGUUGUCGAAUUCGGCGGACGACCUGCAGUGGGCGGGCGACCAGGCGCAAGGGGAGAGUGGACUAUUGGUGGAUUGGUUUUGCCAGUACCAGGAGAUGUUAGACGAUACCCACCGGAUCACAUCAACGCCGUGAUAACUCAUACCAUUCACUUUCUGGGACUUCUUACUUUCUACCUAGGCAUCAAACUCCCUUUUGAAGUUUCGUGGUCCUGCAGAAGAUUUGGGGUUGGUAUGCCUUGGAUCGGAGCAGGACGAGGGAGUGAAUCCUGGGCAAAGUGCGUCUACUCUCCUCGCUUACUGCUUGAACUUCUUCGUUCAUCAUUCUCUCCUCCCACGCAUAGAUGGACAGCUAAACACCCUCUGCACCUCACCUCCAAUCCUUCAUCUACACCAUCUUCACCCUCCUCCUCGCCGUCCCGUACUCCACCCGCCUCACUAGCUGACUCGGAAGCUCCAGAACAAGUCCCAGCACACAGCCAAAACCAAUCAUUCACUACGGGCUUUGCGAUGCUUCUCUACAACGUGUGUUAUCUUGCUCAUACCCAAGGUGUCGAGAUUCCUUUGUCCCAGGCAGGCGAUGCAUUGAGUAAUUUGUGGGCUGUGUGUUGCAGCGGAGAGCUUGGGCGUCGGUCGCAUUCUACCACCCCGCUGCUUUUUCCUCCAACCCCUCCCUCGUUCACGCUCGACUUUGCCCAGGUCCUGCAAGCCACUGCUGCUAGUCCUGCCCGAGCAGCACGAAUACGCCCGGGACGUUCAGCGCAAGAAGCUGGCAUCGGAAGAAUGAGGAGUGAACGCAUCGUGGAGGAAGAAGAUGGCUGGGAUGUGGUAGAGCUUGGGGGCGAAGAGGGAUUUGGAUAA